AUGGAAACAGCUAAUGAGAGCACAGGUGGGGAUUUCAUCUUAGUGGGCUUCUCUGAGCGGCCCAAGUUAGAGCUGAUCCUCUCUCUCUUUGUCCUGAUGUUCUACACCAUAACUCUUGUGGGCAACGUGGCCAUAAUCCUACUUUCUAUCCUGGAUGCUGGACUUCAUACACCCAUGUACUUCUUCCUCAGAAACCUCUCUGUGCUUGACCUCUGCUUCACCACCAGCAUUGUGCCCCAGAUGCUGGUGAACAUGUGGGGAGGUAACAAAAAGAUCAGCUAUGCUGGCUGCAUGGUCCAGUACUGGGUGGCCUUGGCACUUGGCUCCACAGAGUGUGUGCUCCUUGCGGUGAUGGCAGUUGAUCGCUAUGUUGCAGUUUGCUGGCCUCUACACUAUACCUCCAUCAUGCACCCCAGGCUGUGCCACCUCCUGGCAGCAGCUUCCUGGUCCUCUGGUUUUGCUAACUCCUUUCUCCAGUCCUCAAUGGCCAUGGUGCUGCCUCUAUGUGGAAACCGGCGUGUGGACCAUUUCUUCUGUGAACUACUGAUCAUUGUUAAACUCUCCUGCGUUGAUACUGGCCCAACAGAAUCUAAAAUGUUUAUUGCCCGGCUAAUCAUCCUAGGCAUGCCUGUCUCCAUCAUCCUGACCACUUACGUGUGCAUCGCCAGGGCAGUAGUAAAAAUGCGCUCAGCAGAGGGAAGGAAAAAGGCCUUUAGGACCUGUGCCUCCCACCUAAUGGUAGUCUCACUCUUCUAUGGGACCAUUAUGUUUUUGUAUCUGCAGCCCAAGGACAACUACUCCCAGGACCAGAGCAAAGCACUGGCAGUGCUUUACAUGAUUCUUGCACCCACACUCAACCCUCUGGUCUACACACUGAGGAAUAAGGAUGUGAAGAAAGCAGUCAGGAGCUUGAUGGGGAUGGAGCAGGUAUAG